CUGGCUUGUGGUUGCCUUCAAGAUACACCAAGUGGAGCUUCACGUCCAGGCGAGAAGCUGCGCCAAGCAUGAAGGCGUGUUCACUGGUUAUAGUGCUUUUGGCGACAGGUCGGACAGCUGUGACACAAGAUGGAUACACAUACAAACGGCCCGAGAACCCUUUAGUCCCUGGAGGGCCUAGUACGCCACAGCCCGGUGGACCUCAAGGGGGUUACCCGUCUGGUGGACCAUCUACUGGAGGACCCGGUGGAUUCCCCUCUGGACCAUCAGGUGGACCUCAAGGGGGUUAUCCAUCUGGCGGACCAUCAGCUGGAGCGCCCGGUGGAUUCCCCUCUGGACCUUCCGGUGGACUUCAAGGGGGUUACCCGUCCGGUGGACCAUCUACUGGAAGACCCGGUGGAUUCCCCUCUGGACCAUCAGGUGGACCUCAAGGGGGUUAUCCAUCAGGUGGACCCUCUACUGGAAGGCCCGGUGGCUUCCCUUCUGGACCUGCCGGUGGUGGACCUCCAGGGGGUUAUCCGUCUGGUGGACCAUCUACUGGAAGACCCGGUGGAUUCCCCUCUGGACCAUCAGGUGGACCUCAAGGGGGUUAUCCAUCUGGCGGACCAUCAGCUGGAGCGCCCGGUGGAUUCCCCUCUGGACCUUCCGGUGGACUUCAAGGGGGUUACCCGUCUGGUGGACCAUCUACUGGAAGACCCGGUGGAUUCCCUUCUGGACCUUCCGGUGGACCUCAAGGGGGUUAUCCAUCAGGUGGACCCUCUACUGGAAGGCCCGGUGGCUUCCCUUCUGGACCUGCCGGUGGUGGACCUCCAGGGGGUUAUCCGUCUGGUGGACCAUCUACUGGAAGACCCGGUGGAUUCCCCUCUGGACCAUCAGGUGGACCUCAAGGCGGUUAUCCAUCUGGUGGACCAUCAGCUGGAACACCCGGUGGAUUCACCUCUGGACCUUCCGGUGGACCUCAAGGGGGUUAUCCAUCUGGUGGACCAUCUACUGGAGGACCCGGUGGAUUCCCCUCUGGACCAUCAGGUGGACCUCAAGGCGGUUAUCCAUCUGGUGGACCAUCAGCUGGAACACCCGGUGGAUUCACCUCUGGACCUUCCGGUGGACCUCAAGGGGGUUACCCGUCUGGUGGACCAUCUACUGGAAGACCCGGUGGAUUCCCCUCUGGACCAUCAGGUGGACCUCAAGGCGGUUAUCCAUCUGGUGGACCAUCAGCUGGAACACCCGGUGGAUUCACCUCUGGACCUUCCGGUGGACCUCAAGGGGGUUACCCGUCUGGUGGACCAUCUACUGGAAGACCCGGUGGAUUCCCCUCUGGACCAUCAGGUGGACCUCAAGGCGGUUAUCCAUCUGGUGGACCAUCAGCUGGAACACCCGGUGGAUUCACCUCUGGACCUUCCGGUGGACCUCAAGGGGGUUACCCGUCUGGUGGACCAUCUACUGGAAGACCCGGUGGAUUCCCCUCUGGACCUACCGGCGGACGUCCAGGUGAAUUUCCUUCUGGACCUUCAGUCGGCGGGCCACAAGUGACCGGUCAAUUCCCCACCGGGCCAUCAGGCGGUAGACCUCAAGGUGAAUUUCCGAUUGGUGGACCUCAAGGGCCCGGCGGCUUCCCAGGUGGUUUUCCUGGUGGCCAAGGCGGCACAGAGGAAGACACAUACAAUGAAGGCGAUUACUCUGCCAUUCCGGGCGAGCCUGGGAAUGAUUACCCUAUCUACGCUGAGAUCCCUUCGACAUCCUUCAAGUGUGACCAACAGAGCUUCCCCGGUUAUUAUGCCGACGUAGAGACACGGUGCCAAGUUUUCCACGUCUGUGCCAACAACAAAACCUACGACUUCCUGUGUCCCAAUGGCACAGUCUUUCACCAGCAAUACUUCGUCUGUGUCUGGUGGGAUCAGUUUGACUGCAACAGUGCCCCUAGUCUGUACGGGCUGAAUGAGUUCAUCUAUGAUUAUUCCAAAAUUGGCGGACCUCAGGGUCCUGGUGGUUUCCCAGGAAGUAUCCCUGGUGCUGAAGGCCCAGGUGGACCUACUGCAGGGUACCCGGGUACAGCACAGGGUGGUCCGGGAGGGCCUAGUGGACCUGGAGGUUUCCCACCUGCUGGAGGGUACCCAGGCGCAGGACAGGGCGGGCCCAGUGGCCCUGGAGGCACAGGUGGACCUAGCGGAGGGUACCCAGGUGCAGGACAGGGAGGUCCCAGUGGUCUCGGAGGUCCUAGUGGAGCAGGUGGCAGACCCGGGGGUUUUCCAGGCGCUGCAGGUCCCGGUGCACCUACCGGAGGGUACCCAGGUGCAGGACACGGUGGUCCCAGUGGUCCUAGCGGAUCUGAAGGCAAGCCUGGAGGUUAUCCAGGUGAAGGAGUAGGUGGAGGUUAUCCAGGUGCUGGGCAGGGAGGCCCAAGUGGUGCUGGAGGGUUCCCAGGAGCCAGCCGUCCUGGAGGUCAGACUGCCGGAUUCCCAAUUUCGGGGGGACCAAGUGGGCCACCUAGUGCGCCAUUAUCCGACACACAGUUCCCACCUGGUGGAGGCGCUCGACCAUCUCAGCCGAACAGAGACUACCUACCGCCUUACAACGGAUAACGAUUUGAUAACAACGACCAACAGGUCUUACUAAAUGUACAUAAGUUUCUGAGAUCAGUAUUCACAAAUCCAUAUUUUUGUUGUGUAGCCUUGGAGCCCCCAAAAAAUAUCUGGCAUUGCUUAACUCGUACGUCAGCGUUUAAGACCUACGAGACAAUUUCAAAACGGUUAUAGAAUCGGUUCUUGCUCACAGAUGGCAUUCCCGUUUAAUCACAAAUUACACACAGAAGUUUUCGUUUUUAGUUUAAGAACGAAAACAUCAUAUUUAGUAAACGAAAAAAUAUACACAAAUUCGACAAUUUUUUUUUUACAUUUGCGCCACAGAAUUAAAUAAAUGGCUGCGAAAAUAUGUCCAGUGUUGAGAACUGAUGCAUCAAAAUAACGCGUGAGUUUGGAACACACCGUAAAGUAGUUCAAAAUGAUUCUAGAAAAUGUAUUAACUUAUUUUUUGAAUUUCUCACUUGCCAAUCCGCUUCUCAUUUUCCUAAGUCUCAUUUUGAGGUUGUUUUUUUAUAGUACCACGUCUCAUCUUGUAACUGUUGUCUUGCUGAUAGAACUAUCUAGUUUCGUUCCUGCUGCAGUGUAAAUGUUUUGCUUUAGAGAUAUUAUAUUUUUUUAUUUUCGUAACCUGUACAGACCUUAUAAAUCCUUCAGUUUCUGGAGGAUUGUGUUGCCAUGUAUUUUAUGUGAAAUAAAGGAUGUUCCUUUAACACAUAA